CUCUACAUUAAUUCCGCCAGUUGGGCUUCUGUUAGAUAUGCAUCUGUAAACUUCAGUGUUGGAUGUUUUAUUUAAUUCAAAUCAAGUGGUCGCUGGUACUCACACUUGCCAAGAUUUUUUUUUUAGCUGGCUAGCUAGCUAUCAGCUAGCCAAAUAGACGUUGCUAGCUAACUGGCUACUUAUACGAGGCUACAAGAUCCGUCUGCUUUCUCGGCAGAUACGGAACGAAGCAAAUAAUCAAGUUGUGGCUUGGUAGCUGUUGGGGACAAUGGCGAAAAUUCAGUCACACAGCAACACGAAGCAAAUAAACCAAAUCCAAGACAAGGCCUAUGUUGUUCAAAAGCAAGUACAACAGCAGCACUUUCAAAAACUGAAGGUCGAAGAUGCCUUAUCGUAUUUGGACCAGGUUAAAAUACGGUUUGCAAAUGAUCCUGGAAUCUACAACAAAUUUCUCGACAUCAUGAAGGAGUUCAAAUCACAAAAUAUUGACACGCCGGGUGUGAUCAAUCGUGUAUCUCAGCUGUUCCACGGUCAUCCGGACCUUGUCUUGGGAUUCAAUGCCUUUCUGCCGCCAGGUUAUCGAAUAGAAUUGCCCAAGAAUGGAAUGGUAUUUCUUCAGUCCCCUCUUUCUGCUCAAAGUAUCUCCUCGUCUUCUGGACCUCCCGAACCUCCCAGCAGACUUUCCUUGCCACUCCCCAGUCGGGACAGCCAGGCUCAGCCGGCCACGUCGUCCGUCUCCCCCCCCACCUCGGAACCCAGCCCUGUAGAGUUUGACAGUGCCAUCAGUUACGUUAAUAAGAUCAAAAACCGUUUUUUAGACAACCCAGAGAUCUACCGGUCCUUCUUAGAGAUUCUACAUACCUACCAGAAAGAGCAGUUGGAGGUGAAGGAGAUUAGAGGUCGUGGCGGUGGGGGUAUGACUGAGGAUGAAGUCUUCUCUAAGGUUGCAAGCCUUUUCAAAGGACAAGAGGACCUGCUAGCAGAAUUUGGACAGUUUCUACCCGACGCAAAAAGGUCACUGUUCACCGGAAGCUCUCUCACGGGGAAAGACCAUCUGAAAAAGACGGAAGAGGAUGACGUGAGCAAACAGGGCAAGAAGAGACCCAGACCCAUGCUGUUGCCUCACAUGACCCCCCUGUUAAAGAAGAAAAUGAAGUACUCGUGCUCCAAAGACCAGUCGUUCGCGUCUGUCGGGAAACACGGAGUUCUGCGCGAGUUCACCUUCUUUGAUAAAGUCCGACGUUUGUUCAAGAGCCAGGAAGUGUAUGAAAACUUCCUCCGCUGUAUCGCCCUAUUCAAUCAAGAAGUAGUUUCGGGAGCGGAGUUGCUACAACUAGUGACCCCCUUCUUAGGGAAGUUUCCAGAGCUUUACACCCAGUUCAAGUCAUUUCUUGGGGACAAAGAGCUGUCUCACUCGGUGUCAGGGCUGUCAGACCGUUACAUGGAGGGUGGGGGCAGGGAAGUGGACUAUGCCUCUUGUAAACGUCUUGGAUCAAGCUACCGAGCUCUGCCCAAGACCUACCAGCAGCCCAAGUGCAGCGGCCGGACGGCUCUCUGCAGGGAGGUGCUAAACGACACUUGGGUGUCCUUCCCUUCCUGGUCUGAGGACUCGACGUUUGUGAGCUCAAAGAAGACGCCGUACGAGGAGCAACUCCAUCGCUGCGAGGACGAGAGGUUUGAGUUGGACGUCGUCCUGGAGACCAACCUCGCGACGAUCCGCGUCCUGGAGAGCGUGCAGAAAAAACUGUCUCGCCUCUCGCCAGAGGAUCAGGACCGUUUCCGUCUGGACGACUGUCUGGGAGGCACCUCUGAGGUCAUCCAACGGCGAGCGGUCUACCGUAUCUAUGGGGACAAAGCCCCAGAGAUCAUAGAAGGACUAAAGAGGAGCCCAGCCACUGCUGUCCCUGUAGUGCUCAAAAGAUUGAAAGCCAAGGAGGAAGAGUGGCGAGAAGCUCAACAGGGUUUCAAUAAAAUCUGGCGUGAGCAGUAUGAAAAGGCUUACCUCAAGUCUCUGGACCACCAGGGCGUGAACUUCAAACAGAAUGACAUGAAGGCCUUAAGAUCCAAGAGCCUCCUUAAUGAGAUAGAGAGCAUUUAUGAUGAGCGUCAGGAGCAGAGCACUGAAGAAGGAGGAGUUGGUCAGCAGGGGCGCGACUGCGGCGGCGGAGGCGGUUCGGUCAGUGAGCCUCACAUGGUCUUCACGUACGAGGACAAACAGAUUUUGGAGGACGCCGCCUCGCUCAUCAUCUACCACGUCAAGCGCCAGCCAACCAUCCACAAAGACGACAAGGACCACAUCAAACGCAUCAUCCAGCACUUCGUCCCGGACCUCUUCUUCGCCCGUCGCGGGGAGCUCAGCGAGACCGAGGAGUGGACGGACGAAGAGCAGCAGCAACAGCAGCAGCAGCUGAACGGGGAAUCCAGAAGGCGGCGUUGCACCUCCCCCCAAAACAUGGACCCUUCCGUCUCCCACAACAUGGCUUCGGAAGGGGAGAAAGUGGACCUGCGCGACCCGGAAGCUGAACACCAGAAAGAGCUGGACGGCGUCUACAACCUGUUCUUCGUCAACAACAACUGGUACUUCUUCCUGCGGCUGCACCAGACGCUGUGCUCCCGGCUGUUGCGGGUGUACCGGCAGGCGGAGAGGCAACUCCUGGAGCACCGUGCGGAGCAGAACAGGGAGAGGCUCCUCAUGGCGGAGGGCCGCAGGGACAAGGCCAGCGAUUUGGCUAUGGAGCUUCGCCUUAAACAGCCAAGUGAGGUGGAAUUGGAAGAAUAUUACCCAGCUUUCCUGGACAUGGUGCGCAGUCUCUUGGACGGGAACCUCGAGUCAACACAGUACGAGGACACGCUGAGAGAGAUGUUUACCAUUCACGCCUACAUUGGCUUCACCAUCGACAAACUUAUCCAGAAUAUCGUCAGACAACUCCAGCACUUGGUGAGUGAUGAAGUCUGUCUUCAGGUGACGGAGCUGUAUCUUGCCGAGCGUAAACGGGGGGCAGCAGGAGGCAACCUCUCCUCUCAGUGUGUACGUGCCGCCUGGGAGACCAGCUACCAGUGGAAGGCAGAAAGAGUCAUGGCUGAGGAGAACUGCUUUAAGGUCAUGUUCAUACAAAACAAAGGUCAAGUGACUUUGACAAUUGAGCUCUUGGACACAGAGGAAGCACAGGGGGACGACCCACUGGACGUGCAGUCUCUCUCAAACUACAUGGAGCAGUUUGUGGGAACAGAAUCAUCGCUGUCUUCCCAGACUGAGGGCUAUUAUUUCAAACCAGUGUUCCUGCCAAGGAAUCUGAGGCGUUUCCGUCGCUGGCAGCUCCGGCAGGUGGAGGCCAUGCGCUGCAGGAGAGAGUGGCAUCGGCAACUGGGUGUGGAGAGUGCCGGAAGCCUGGAUUGCCGCUUCAAGCUGAACACCCACAAGAUGGUCUUUGUCAUGAACUCGGAGGACUACAUGUAUCGCAGGGGUGCCCUGGUCAAAGCCAGAAAGUCUCAGCACAGGGUGGCGCGCGCCCAGCACGACAGGUUCGAGAAGUGGCACCAGGGUUGGCUGGCCGAGCACGUGCCCUCCACCGCCGAAAGGGCGGUGCAGGACUGGCUGAUGGGAGAGGAAGAGGAGGAUAUGAUUCCGUGCAAGACCACGUGUAUCUCCACACAAGUUAAAGCCCUACCUGUUAAUAGGUACCAAGUGCACUACAGCAAACCCCCAGCGUCUCCCUAAAAGGGCGUCCACCUCUUUUUUCGGUAUCCUGUGCACACACUCACACUCUCACUCUCGCUAUCACAUGACGGAGACUGGAUGGACUUGAGCUGACCAUAAUAGACAUGUUGAGCCUGAGGGGACAGACAUCUUGGAGGAAAGCAUUACUUUUGGAUUUUUAAGGGGAGCCGGUCGCAAAAAAAAAAAAAAAAACAAAACAAAAAGGUGACGUAGGUUCCGCUGUAAAAGGUGGCCGUUUGCAAGAGAUGCAGUAUGAUCAAAAUCCUUGAGUUUGUUCCAGAAAUGUGAAUGUCUACAUUUUUAAAAGUCCAUCAUAGUUUUUAGCUUAUGUAAAGCAAGGAGGACCUUUUGUUUGUACAUGUUUAUACUGAAGUAAUGAAAGAAAUGGUAAGUGUGUCUUCUGCCUCUGUAUGUCUUUUGUACAGUAUGGUCAACUCAAGUAAUUGCAUAUAUAUAUUGUAUUUGCAUAUGCUCUAUGCAUUUUAUGUAUGCUUUAACUUGAUGAAAGGUUAUGAUGAAUGGUGAACGAAACAUUUUGUUGUUUCUGUUGUGACUGAGUCCUAAUGUCUUUUUUUUUUCAUUUCGUUUAUGUUGAGUGUUUAUUCUUUUCAUUUUCUCUCGUAACUAAACAGAUCAUUGCCAGUUGUCGUCCGACGUACGGCUCUUUUCUCAACUGAUUUAAUUUUGUUAAGCAUCUGAAUUAUGUAUCACGUCAAUGAUUUCACCAAGUCCUUGCUUUGGUUGGUGUAAUUUUACGUAAACGUAAAAAAAACAACAGAAUAUCAGUGU